CUAUCUAUCUAUAAUAUUAAUGGAUCAGAAUUAUCCAUUAAUUUAUUUAAUUUAUUUUCUUUGUUUGUAUGUUUGCAAUGUGAUUUACAGAUUAAUCUGUAACUUUGCUACAUGUGCUGCAGACAGGUCUGAGAGUAUGCUGCUUUAAUAUGUAACUGACCCGAUAAUUACACUAUUUCCAACUAUUUUCCCCAAGAAACUUUUUCAGAUAUAUGUAAUCAAUAAAUAUACCAAUAUAGGUCACCAGCUAAUGGGUUGGUCUGGAUAAUUAUCUUUGGAUAUUGCACUGUUAGACCAAAAUUUCGUUGUACAUGUACAAUGACAAUAAAGGGCUAUUCUAUUCUAUUCUAUUCUAUUCUAUUCUAUUCUAUUCUAACAAGCAAAUGACAUGGAGAUACCACUAAAUGCUUCAGAAUCUUGAUUAAGAGAUAAUCAUUUGUUUGUUGCUGCCCUGAAGCAAGUUGCAUUCUGUUCAGAAAUGCUUAAAUGUUUUCUCUCUUCAGUGCAUAUGUGCUACUCUGUAACAAAACCAUGGAGUUGUAUUGGGGAUGUGUCAAGAUGUUUGUCCACAAUGUUACAAAUUUGUCCUGUAAUUGAAGCAGAUGUGUUUUCUUCUCUACACGUGAAUAUUUAUUCUGGAUUUGAUUUUAUGUAUAACUAGCCUGGUAUCCAAGCGGCACACACUUAUUUGGACAUACCAGGUAGAUGAUGCCAUCGAACUCUGUGCACAGCUUAUUGCUAUAUGAUAAUUUGAGGUUCUUUGUUUUGCCUUUUUAGCACGUAAACCUAAACCCUGACCGUCUUGUUUUAUUUGUCUUUGUUUCUGCAAUCUGCAGUAUUUUAUGUUUAUUCUGAAGGGGAGCACAAGGAUGGGGGAGCUGGUGCUGAGAUUUAGAAUGGGAAUGGAGAGCAUAACUCCUGUUUGGCAGAGGGAUCAGUAUUGCAUUUGCCCAGAUAAACGUUUCAAUGGAGAUUAUCAGGUUCCAGUGUCAUUGUCCAUGAUGACCCCACCAGCAGAGGCUCCACAGCAGCUGCAGCAGACAUCACAACAACAAGUCCUCAGUCCCCAACAGCUUCAAGCCUUGCUCCAGCAACAGAAAGCACUCAUGUUACACCAGCAACAAAUUCAAGAGGUCUUCAAGAAUCAGCAAGAGCAGCUUAAUAUACAGCUGCUGCAGCAAAAGAAUGCUGGGAUUGUUAGUCAAGAGCUGACAGCCCAGCAGAUUGCCAUCCAGCAGCAGCUCCUUCAGGUGCAGCAGCAGCACCUCCUCAACCUUCAGAGGCAAGGCCUGCUGUCUGUGCUUCCUACCAGCCCAGCUACACCCCCAGGCUGUGAGAAUGGUAGCAUCCUGUCAGCUGGUGGAGACACCAGAGAGUCUUCCAGUCAACAAUCUACCACCAAUGGUCAUCAAACUCUUCUGAAGAGGAAAGACAGUGGUCCGCUGGAUGAAAAUACACAGAACAGCCAUCCUCUGUAUGGAAAUGGGAUGUGUAAAUGGCCUGGCUGUGAGACGGUCUUUGGGGACUUUCAGGCAUUUCUCAAACAUCUAAACAGUGAACACACACUGGAUGACAAGAGUACAGCACAAUGUCGUGUACAGAUGCAAGUGGUACAGCAGCUAGAACUGCAGCUGAAGAAGGACAAAGAACGACUGCAGGCUAUGAUGGCUCAUCUGAAAUCCUCUGAACCCAAACCUGCAGCACAGCCUGUUAAUCUGGUGUCUAAUGCAUCUUUCUCCCAGGCAACAUUGCCCAAAGGCCCUCCUCCUAUGAGCAUUUCUCAGAGUGCCACGGCCCCAUCCACACCCUUGACACCACUCUCCGAAUCUCCCUCAGUUCUCACUCCCAAUAGCAUGUUCACUGGAACCCCUGUAAGGAGGCGAUACAGCCGCUCUGUAAGCCAAGAUAUAAUUGAUAAUAAGGAGUUCUACUUGAGCACAGAAGUUAGGCCUCCAUUUACUUACGCCUCUCUCAUAAGACAGGCUAUAUUUGAAUCACCUCGCAAUCAGCUGACAUUAAAUGAAAUCUACAACUGGUUCACAAGAAACUUUGCAUAUUUCCGGCGUAAUGCAGCUACUUGGAAGAAUGCAGUCAGACAUAACCUCAGUCUCCAUAAAUGCUUUGUACGUUUGGAGAACGUGAAGGGAGCUGUGUGGACAGUAGAUGAGAUUGAGUUUCACAGGAGGCGGCCCCAGAAAGCUGCUGGUAACGGAUCUCUGCUGAAGAACGCCCAGAACCGUACAGGCCUAGCUGGAUCUGCCCUUCAGGGUGGUGGUCUAGAAUGCAACUCUCUAUACAACCCAGCUUCUAUGGGCAGCAUCCCAUUGCAUUCCUUGCCUCAUGUUCUCCAGGAGCAGAUGAAUGGAGCUCUCGCUAAUGGAUCUGGAUACCAAAGCGACAGCAGUGCAACACAGUCCCCACCACAGGCUUUCAUUAAAGAAGAGCAGGAGGAUGAGGAGAUAAGUGAAAAUUAUCCCUAUGAAUCUCCGGAGAGCACAGACGAGCACGGCCACAGCCCAGAGAUGAACAGAGACGAUGACAACGGUAGCCCGGAGAGGCCCAGCCUUCAUCUCGACCGUGUGCCUUCCCUCUGACUUUGAAGUCCAACUUCUCAAUGGCAAGGCUGCCAGUGUGACUUUGUAUUAAAAAAACAAACAAAAAAAACAACAACUUCAGCUUCAUCUACGUAACCAAACACUCUGUUCUUUGGAAUCUUUUUCCGUUAUUUUUUUUCUUCCUGUAUUUAUCAGCGUCUCUUUAUUUUUUUGUUUUUAAUCUAGCUCUCAAAUGUUUUUUGUAUAGUUAAGUGAGAUCACAAACAACAUUUGUGAAACUGUC